AAACGGCGGGCACAUCACAGCCGAGUGGCCUCGGGAGCAGCAGCUCAGACUCAACUCUCCGUACAGGGUGAGCACAUCGGUGCAGGAACAUUGUCGGUCACCCGGGUAGUCAGACUGUGAUUUCCCGGGACCAUAUUGAACGCCGUCCGGUUACAACAUCAGAGUUAGACCUACAGUGAGAGAUUUAGUGGAAGAAAAGCCCACAACUGGAAAGAAAUCACAACUAAAGACGAGGGAAGAUCAACAAGUGAACCAGCCCGAGUACUGAGAGCAUCAACUGGAGAGAACCCAUCUGACUCAGAGUUUCCAUUGAUUCAGUCAGGAGAAAAUUUGGUCACUGCCAGCAGGUGGAGCUUUCUGCCACCCAGACGGCAGACAAGAAAACGACGAUCAACCAACCUCAGUCAGACUCAGAAUGGACACAGAUCUGAACUCCGCCAUCUCCGCCUUCCUGUCAAAUUGUGAGGAUCACCAACUGUUCCAGUUGACGAGUUUCUACAUGGAGCGACUGGAGCAGGCGAUUGAGCAGGGUGUGGAGGAAGUCGGUUUCAUGCUAACUCAUGAUCAUCAUUUCAAUGAGCGAGAGUAUCACAGCGUGACUGAGCUCGCGGAGAAGGGAAACCGAGUGGGCGCUUCCAAACUCCUCCUGGAUCUAGUGAUGGAGAAGGGCUCCGGGGCCCGGAAGGUGAUGUGGGAAUCCUUUGUGAAACAACAUCACCACUUACCGAAGCUGAGCAGAAUAUUGGAUGAAAUACGGGAACGAGGUGACGGCCAGUUCGCCUACAUGGACACUGAGCGGGGUUUAUCUGAAGUGCCCAAGCAUCUGAAAGAUGUUCGAAGGAAACACAUGGAGACUCUGCGGACACAAACUGAAAAACUGAGAGUGAACACGAUCCUGAUGAGGGAGAAGGUGAAGGUUUUCCAGCUGGUUGAUCGAUACGCUGAGCUCACGGUCAUUUCUACUGUUCGAGAUCGGACACUGGUGGAACAUGAGCUGCUGGCAAGAGGCAGAGACCACGAGGAGUGGAGAGAAAAAGAUCUCCGUGGUAAGCUAGAAAAAAUCCGGACUGAUCAGUUAUUCAAGAAGAGCUUUGUUCAAAAAUUUAAAAGAUCUAUCUUUAGAAACAAAUCCGGGAUGUCCGCAGCAGUGGCCGGAGUCCCAGGGAUCGGGAAAACAACAAUGGUACAAAAGAUUGUUUACGACUGGGCCGAGAGGAAGAUAUACCAACAAUUCCAGUUUGUCUUCAGUUUCAAAUUCCGGGAUUUAAACACCAUUAACUGCAGAAUAAACCUGAAGGAACUGAUUCUGCAUCAUUAUCCCUACUUUGGGAAUAUCCUGAGAGAGGUCUGGAAACACACAGAGGGACUGCUGUUCAUAUUCGACGGAUUGGAUGAAUUCAAGGACAAAAUCAACUUUGUUGAUGGUAGGACAGACACAGAAUCACAGUACACAGAUCCUGAAUUCAAGUGCAAGGUGUCUGACAUUGUGUGUAGUCUAAUCCAGGGCAAGCUGCUCCCAGGGUGUUCAGUGCUGGUGACCACCCGUCCCACUGCGUUACAUUUAUUGGAAAAGGCAGAUAUCAGUGUCUGGGCUGAAAUCCUGGGAUUUGUUGGUGAGGAACGGAAGGAAUAUUUCAUCAGGUAUUUUGAAGAUCAGACGGUGGCAGAAGCUGUUUUCAAACACGUGGAGGAGAAUGAGAUCCUGUACACCAUGAGCUACAACCCCUCCUACUGCUGGAUCCUUGCUCUGGCACUGGGUCCCUUCUUCACACAAAGAGUCAGGGACCCACAGCGUGUUCCGAAGACCAUCACACAACUCUACUCCUACUAUAUUUACCACAUCCUGAAAAACCAUGGCCGUGAGAUUGAGAACCCCCGUGAUGUGUUACUCAGGGUUGGUCAGAUGGCCUUCAGAGGAGUGUCCGAGAAGAAGAUUGUGUUUACAGGUGGAGAUUUGAUCAACUACAAUCUGCAGCCUUCCCAGUUCCUGUCCGGUUUCCUGAUGGAGCUUUUGGAGAGAGAGGAUUCUGCCCGGAGCGUGGUGUACACAUUCCCACACCUCACCAUCCAAGAGUUUGUAGCUGCAGUCGCACAAUUCCUGAUCCCAGAUGGCAGAGAUAUCAUGAAACUCCUCACUGAAGCCCACUGCAUGAAGGAUGGGCGGUUUGAGGUAUUUCUCCGUUUUGUUGCUGGUCUCUCCAACCCAAUGACAGCUCGGGGCCUGGAGGAGUUUCUGGGUCGAUUUCCUCAUCAAACGACCUGUCGGGUGAUUGACUGGGUGAAGGAGGAGGUUAAACGCCGGAGUGGAAACACAGACAGUGAAGCUGGUAAAAGGAGCCUCCUGAACACAUUGCACUACCUGUUUGAGUCUCAGAAUCGUGGACUGGCUCAGGCAGCACUGGGAUCUGUGGAAACGCUUUCAUUCAGUGGAAUGCCACUGACCCCGAUUGACUGCGUGGUCCUGUCUCAUGUCAUCGGACUCUGUGAUACAAUAAAUCAUCUCGACCUGGCUCUCUGCCACAUUCAGUGUGAAGGAAUCCAGCGGCUGGGACCCGGGCUGCACAAGUGCCAGGAGUUGAGACUUGGGCGGAAUGACCUGGGAGAUUCAGGAGUGAAAUUGGUGUCAGAGGCUCUGAGGAACCCGGAGUGUAAAAUACAGAAACUGCGGCUGGGGGAUGUCGGUCUCACAGAUUCUGGUGUCGAGGAUCUCGUCUCCGCUCUCAGAACAAACCCAUCACUGACGGAGCUGGUCCUGAGUUAUAAUAAACUGGGAGAUUCAGGAGUGAAGCUGGUGUCUGUGGCUCUGAGGAACCCGGAGUGUAAAAUACAGAAACUGGAGCUGAGGGAUGUCGGUCUCACAGAUUCUGGUGUUGAGGAUCUCAUCUCCACUCUCAGUACAAACCCAUCACUGACGGGGCUGAACCUGAGAUCAAACUCUCUGACAGACCGUUCUGUCCCCGCUCUCCGCCGCCUCAUACUGACCCACCCGAGUCUGGAGCGGAUCUGGCUGUGGUACAAUCGGUUCAGUGAGACGGGGGAGAAGGAACUGAGACCUCUGCGGGGAGUCAGACCCGGACUGAGAGUGGAUCUGUGAACAUCUGAAUGUGGAGAAUCGGUUCAGUGACACCGGGAUGAAGGAACUGAGAUCUCUGCAGGAACUCAGACCCGGACUGAGAGUGACCGUGUGAACAUCUGAAUGUGGUGAAUCGGUUCACUGAGACCGGGAGGAAGGAACUGAGAUCUCUACAGGAACCCAGACCCGGACUGAUGGUGGAUCUGUGAACAUCUGAAUGUGUGAACAUCCCCGCCCGCGGGAUGGGGACAUUUGGCCGACUCCCCGCCCUCCCCUUUAACUCCCGCCCUUACCUUUAACGGCCGCGCGCCUGGUUCAACUUUCAACGGUUUUAACGGACCCGGCUCGGGCCUCGCGCUGUGUGCGUCGCUCGCAGCGGUCCCGCAAUGACGUGUUUCCGCCUGUUGUCCGGCGGGACAGCUUCCGCCGGAAGUGCGUGUUGGAGACUCCACACGUGGCACCCCGGGGAAUUACCCGGACAGGAAGAGCCCGGGGUCCGGGGCUCAGUCUGGGACACCAGUGUCCCGGGGUGGGGGGGAUGAUCCCGGGAGAGAAUCCUUUUGCCCCCUUUGCUGAGGACGGUGCAUUCGGCAGCCUGGCCGAUAUAAUGAUGUUAAAUGGACAAAUCCCUCGGCAGUGACCCUGGAUCUGCAGCGAUCCCGGACACGGCCCUGAAGUGUGAUUUUAUAAUCAUCGGUUCCCCGAUGCAGAGUGACGGUGAGAAACGGGACGGAUUAUUCAACCGGUCACAUGUUGUCGCCGGUCAGUUAAUCGUGUGUGACUGUGAGUGAGUCGGGAGCAGCUUAUUUAUUCCCGCACGUCAGCAGCUCACACAUUGUUUCAUUUACAUUUGUCAUGAUGAAAUAAAUAAACCUGUAACUUCCUGUCCUGG